AUGAGCGACAAACCGAGGAUGAUGCGUCACACUGAACGAGACAAACCGGCAAUCUCUGGUAAAGAAGGAAACAAUAUGCUCUCAACUGCCAGCUUGAUCAACCAAAAUGCCAUUGAAAUAUCUGACGCAAUUGCUUGUUCCCAGGGUGGAAGGCGUUGGACCUACAGAGAUCUUGAUGCGGCCUCUCGAUCUCUGACGGUGCUAUUCAGCGCGCAUGGAGUUUGUGCUGGAGAUGAAAUCCCAAUUUUCCUCUCGAGGUGCUUCGAGAGUGUAGCAUCUACUGUCGCAUUGCUUCGGCUUGGAGCAUGCUUUGUGCCUCUGGACGCGGAAUCUUGGAGCCAAGAAAGAAUCGAGCAAAUUUUGAAAACCAUUGAGCCUAAUCUGGUUAUAUAUUCCACUGAAACGAAUCUCAAAGCUGAAGGUAUUCCGAUUAUAUCGGAGAAGGAAAUCAGCGCCAGAUGUCAGUCUUUGGAUUACGGCACUGCUCCCGAGUACAUAGCCGGUGUGGAAAGUAGUCCAGACAAACCGAUAUACAUAAUAUUUACGUCCGGCACGACAGGGAUUCCGAAAGGGGUCGUCAUCCCACGCAGGUGUAUCGACAACUAUGUCAGACAAGGAGGCGACGGAGGAAUGCCUUUUAAUUUGGGAGUAUGCCGUGGUGACAGUGUUUUGCUGCUUUUCUCCCUCGGCUUUGACGCUGCCUGGGGUGUCUUCUUUAGUACUCUCUGUCAUGGGGGAGAGCUCAUCCUGUCCGAACCUGGGAAAGUCCUGGAGGAUGCAAAGAGGUGUACAGUUUUGCCUGCAACUCCUCAGCUGCUAGAAUCUUUGGGAGACCCUGAGGCAUAUCAAAAUAUCAAAUUCAUAUUUCUCGGAGGGGAGUCACCGAAUUUAGCACAGGUAAAAAGGUGGUCCGCCUCCGAUCGACGAAUCUAUAAUUGCUAUGGACCAACCGAAGCCACGAUAUGCGCGAGUAUGGCUGAGCUAGCACCUGGAGCUCCAGUAGACUUGGGGCAUCCAAUGGCUGAUACGCAAUUGUUGAUCUUAAACGAAAAGUUGGACGUUGUAGAUGAGGGCGAGAUCUUUAUCUCCGGGCCGGGCCUGGCUACUGGGUAUUAUAAGAACCCGCAAUUGACCGCAGAAAGGUUCAUCACGUGGCAUGGACAGAGACUGUAUCGAACUCUUGAUCUAGGUCGAAAGACGGCAGAAAGCAUCGUUUUCUGUGGGCGAGAGGACAGCAUGGUCAAGAACCGCGGGUAUCUCAUCAACCUUGACCUAGAUGUUCUACCCACAUUGUUUUCCUACCCUGGAGUUCUAUCGGCAGCCGCGUUCAUGAAAAAUUCUCAAUUGGUAGCCGUUAUUACUCCAGAAAAUAUCGAUAUAGCAGCUCUGCGACGCUUCUUGUCCCAAAAAUAUGAUAAAUUUUUGGUGCCGGAUCAUAUCAUUACUUUCAAAGAGCUCCCUCGAACGCCAAACGGAAAAGCCGAUCUCAAAUUGCUCCGAUCAUCAUUUGCCUUCGAGCAGGCAAGUUCAAUGACCAGCUCAAAAGAGGAAAAUUUGUCAGCAUUGUUGCGAGAAGCAGUUGCCGAUGCACUAGGGUGGCCAUCGGGAUCCAUUCCUAUGGAUCGAAGCUUCUGGGAACUUGGGGGAAACUCUCUCCUGGGAAUAAAGCUUCUCUCCGGGCUACAUAGUAGGAGGCAAACGGUUCGAUUCCAAGAUAUUUUCGAGCCCACCCCCCUACAUCAGCUCCUUAAGAAGCUUGAACCAACUCGAGCUUCAGAAAGCAAAUCUACAACAGGCGGGCUAAAUGGGGACCAAAGCGAGACUGAGGCAACAGCCCCAAUGACUCCAACACAAUUAGGCAUGGUCCGUUCCUCAAUUGGGAAUUCCACAAAGAGCUACAUGCUAAUAUCUAUAUAUUUGCCGUGGGAUCCUGAGAUAGAUUCCAGCCGAGUUCGAACGGCUUGGAGGACAGUAAUUGAAAGGCACUCGAUCUUUCGUACUUCCUUCGAUCCCCUCAGCGCUAUUCAACGCGUUGGAAGACAUUGCAGCCAUGAUUGGGGCGAGAUCCGUGUUCCUGACAAUGAUAUGACCAUCAUUGACGACGAAACUGACCGACUAUGGAACUCCAUUCAACAUGAGGAGGAUAGUAAUGAUUUCCAUCCAGUAAAUGCCCUGAGGCUAUUGGUUAACGAGAGUGGUACUGCUGCGACGCUGCUUUGGCUCAUUCACCACAGCCUCAUAGAUGGUUGGUCCAUUGGCACGAUUAUUAGGGAGGUCCACACCUCAAUGGCUGGAGAAAGCUUGCCGGAACAGCCACAACAGUUCUGGAGGCUCUCGCAACUGUUACCGCGGUACGUCGAGGAGCGACGUGAGGAAGGUAGGCCAUUUUGGAGAGAUUUACUUUCCAAGGUGGCUGAUGUUUCGCCGUUGAAUCUCCCUAAGCCGUCUCAGGAAGGGUCGCAUGAUGGAUUUGGGCAGGUCAAGGCCGAUUUUGGUCUCCCCUUAUCUGUGGUUCAGCAGAUAUGUGCUGCAAAGAAACUCACACCAGCGGCAGUGUUUCAUGCCGCCUGGGCCCUCUUGCUGCGCUCUUACGGUUCUCAAAACCAGGUUGUUUUUGGUAGUGUGUUUUCUGGCCGGGAUUUCCCUCUAUCCGGCAUAGAAGAAGUUGUGGGACCUUUGCUUAAUACUUGUCCGUUUCCUAUUGAUCUGUCCAGCCUAGCAACGAAAGACGAGUUUUUAGCACAUGUACAAUCCAUGAUUCAUCUCAUUAGCACGCAUCAGUGGUCGGCCGCUGAAGCAAUGCAAACAUACAUGCCUGGAAGCCAUUCUAGAAUACUCGAAACAAUCUUGUUUCUCGAGUACGACCUACCCGGCCUCCAUGAUUCCGAAUGGCGCUUUGAUCGGAUAGAUAGGCCCGAGUUCGGGCUAACUGUCUCCAUUCGGCGAGGAGAUACUAAUCUCUGCCUCCGAACGUUGUUUGACCGAUCAGUAUAUACUGAACCAGUAAUUCGACGCAUGAUGUCACAUUUUACAAAUAUUUUCCAUGCAUUUCUCGACCCACGAUGUACAUCGAUAUCCGAAUUGCGAACGCGCCUGCUGGAUCCUUGCGAAUUUCUUUCGCUAGUAAAUGCUUCGCCAGCGCGUAUGGAUCCAUAUGUCGGUCCAUCUAAUUUGAAAAUGGCGUUCGAGACCGGCGUUGAUCAAUGGCCUGAUGCCGUCGCUAUUGAGGGUUUAACGCACUCGAUUACAUAUCAUGAACUUGACCAGUUAGGAAACUACGUUGCUGAGAGAAUCGCCUCUCUAAUUCAACCUGGAGAGGCUGUGGCUAUCCUCAGCGAUCGCAGCAUGGACUGGAUUAUAGCCGUCAUUGCCACAAUCAAGGCGGGAGCAAUAUAUGUGCCUAUAGAUAUCAAAUUGCCCUCACAGCGAUUUCGAAUCAUGAUCGAGACCUCCAAGGCAAAGCUCUGUAUUUUGACCAGUGCAGACAAUCGUCAAAAAUAUAACGGCAUCUUCGAUAUGAACUUAUACCUUCCGGAUAUCCUGGCUGGUUGGGACCGUAAGCAUUCGAACCGGCUGGAGACGGUGACAAAGCCCGAUGAUGUAGCAUACAUCACCUUUACCUCUGGCUCUACAGGUGUCCCCAAGGGUGUGUGUAUCGAACAUCAAUCGGUAAUAUCCUACCUAUCAUACGGGCCCUCGCGUAUGGAUGCUCGGCCAGGACGACGCCAUGCACAAAUGUUCUCGCCGGGCUUUGAUGUGAACCAGGCCGAGAUAUUCGGAACACUGUGCUAUGGAGCAACACUUGUCCUUUAUGAUCCAGAGGAUCCAUUUGCGCAUUUAUCCCGGGUCCACGCAACAAUGAUCACUCCGUCUUUUCUCUCCCUAUUGGAUCCGGCUAGCUUCUUCAACUUAGAUACCAUCCUAUUUGCUGGUGAAGCUGUACCUCAGGCUCUCGCGGACCGUUGGGCGGGACGCCGUAUCGUAUACAAUUCGUACGGCCCUUGUGAGUGCACUAUUGGAUGCCUCAUUCAGCCUCUCCAGCCGCAGGUAGAAGUCACGUUAGGGCGGGCAAUUCCUCGGGUUGGGGUAUAUAUCCUUGAUGAGGGGAACCAUCCUGUUCCAAUAGGAGUACCAGGAGAGAUUUGUCUAAGCGGCAUCCAGGUUGCGAGAGGCUAUAUAGGCUCUGGUACAGAAGAACUCUCUCAAACUCGGUUUAUCCCUGAUCCGUUCGUCCCUGGCCACCAAAUGUACCGCACAGGUGAUCGUGCCGUAUGGACAGAAGCUAUGGAGCCUCGGUUUCAAGGACGCUUCGACAACCAAGUCAAAGUCCGAGGCUAUCGCGUUGAGCUUACUGAGAUUGAAAACGUUAUCGGUAUGAUUGACACGAAUGUCCGCCGCGUAGCUGCCGUCGUCCAAGGAGAUAUCAUCGCUGCGUUUGUGGAGCCUUCAACUGUGGAUGUUCCCUCUAUCCAAGCUGGUCUUCGAAACCGUCUGCCAGCCUAUGCCUGCCCCUCUAAGAUUGUGGCCCUGCCCAGUCUGCCGACGAUGCCCAAUCAAAAACUUGAUCGCAAGAAGUUGCAAUCAUAUUCAUCCCCGACAAUAAUUAGUGGCCAGAAGUCGAGUACAUUUUUGCAGCAACUGCUAAUCGAAGCAUGGAAAACUGCAAUCGGUCUUCCCGAAGAGACUGCUAUCAAUGAGGAGUCUGAUUUCUUAGCGCUCGGAGGUAGCUCUCUCUCACAGCUAAGAAUGGCACAGAUAGUUUGCGGCAAGCUAGAGAGGAAGCUGCCUCUGAAGCUAUUUAUUUGGAAUACAGGAUUUCUUGCAUUAAGUGAUCAAAUUGCAAAUUACUGUACAAAAGAUGGAGAAGACCUGCCCCGGACCGUCUAUUCCGAGCAGCCAUGGUUGACGCUGAAGCCGCCGUACAAUGCCACCUCCUAUCUCGAGAGAGAGUUGGUGCUACUCUCAUUGUCUUCCCCAACUCCGCAGGCAUUCAACGUAGCGGUUCAGAUACGUCUCACCGGCGUCGUUGAUAUGGUAGCCUUGAAAAAGGCCGUUCUUGCUGUUACAUCCAGUGAACCAAUCCUCCGAAGUUGCUUUCGAGUGGAGAAAGAGACAGUUGUGAGGUGCUUGUCACGUGAACCUUGUGACAUCAUUCAAGAAGAGCAAUUGGAUUCAGAUGUCAUUGAAAAUUUAGCUAAUCACCCCUUUGACUUAUUGAGUGGUCCAUUAACACGACUCUUGCUCGGUCGAAGUCACGGAGGGACUAACAUUGUGCUCAUCCAGCACCAUGCGGUUACAGACAAGCUCGCGAUCAAAGCAUUCUUUCGUCGCGUAGUGAUUGAGUACUUACACAAUAUCGACAAGGAGCAACGGGAGAGAUAUGAAGAUGUAUUGCCAAAACCAGGCUAUGCUGCGUGGGCUCAAUGGAAAUCCAAUCAUGUCCAGGUUUCCAGGCAUGAGUCGGAAACUGAAUAUUGGAGAUUUCAGCUGGAUAACCUCCCAGAACCCCCAUUUGGGCAAUCAUCAGGUCUAGCCCAGUACGUUGGAAUGUCGAGCGCCUUCUCAUUAAAUUGGAAACGCACUUCUUCAGGCUCCAUGGAGCUACUUGUUACCCUAGUUGCAUUGGCCUUGGCAGAGGUUAAAAAGACGUACGAUGUGGUGAUUGGUAUUCCUCAUAUUGAUCGGACCGAACCAGGCACUGAGGAUUUACUUGGCGUGUUUCUUGAUCGAUUGCCGAUACGCAUCCGUAUACCGCUUCAGGAUUUAUAUGAUCUUCCGGGUUUCAUUCAAUCCGUUGGAAGCCUAAUUAGAGAUGGUUUGGCGCAUUCAAUUCCUCUAAAGGAUAUCCGCAAAGUUACUACGCACAAUGACAUAUUUCAGGUCAUGGUAGUGUAUAAUAGUCUGGAAGACUCUAUAUCCAACGUACUGUCUAUCCCCAAUGUAAGAAGUGAGGAAGUCUUCCUCAAAACUACUGGAGCUAAAUUUCCGCUACUCCUGGAAUUUACGGAAGAAUCUGAUUCUAUGACAUGCCGAAUGGAAUAUAUGGAACACCUGCUUCCAUCUUCGGUAGCAAUUGCGAUCGGCGAGGUCAUUAAAAACAAAUGGUCACAACUGUAG